UGUUGGGUAAGUCAACUUUAUACCAAUGUCCUUUGUGUUGGGUAAGUCAACUUUAUACCAAUGUCCUUUGUGUUGGGUAAGUCAACUUUAUACCAAUGUCCUUUGUGUUGGGUAAGUCAACUUUAUACCAAUGUCCUUUGUGCUGGGUAAGUCAACUUUAUACCAAUGUCCUUUGUGCUGGGUAAGUCAACUUUAUACCAAUGUCCUUUGUGCUGGGUAAGUCAACUUUAUACCAAUGUCCUUUGUGCUGGGUAAGUCAACUUUAUACCAAUGUCCUUUGUGCUGGGUAAGUCAACUUUAUACCAAUGUCCUUUGUGCUGGGUAAGUCAACUUUAUACCAAUGUCCUUUGUGCUGGGUAAGUCAACUUUAUACCAAUGUCCUUUGUGCUGGGUAAGUCAACUUUAUACCAAUGUCCUUUGUGCUGGGUAAGUCAACUUUAUACCAAUGUCCUUUGUGCUGGGUAAGUCAACUUUAUACCAAUGUCCUUUGUGCUGGGUAAGUCAACUUUAUACCAAUGUCCUUUGUGCUGGGUAAGUCAACUUUAUACCAAUGUCCUUUGUGCUGGGUAAGUCAACUUUAUACCAAUGUCCUUUGUGCUGGGUAAGUCAACUUUAUACCAAUGUCCUUUGUGCUGGGUAAGUCAACUUUAUACCAAUGUCCUUUGUGCUGGGUAAGUCAACUUUAUACCAAUGUCCUUUGUGCUGGGUAAGUCAACUUUAUACCAAUGUCCUUUGUGCUGGGUAAGUCAACUUUAUACCAAUGUCCUUUGUGCUGGGUAAGUCAACUUUAUACCAAUGUCCUUUGUGCUGGGUAAGUCAACUUUAUACCAAUGUCCUUUGUGCUGGGUAAGUCAACUUUAUACCAAUGUCCUUUGUGCUGGGUAAGUCAACUUUAUACCAAUGUCCUUUGUGCUGGGUAAGUCAACUUUAUACCAAUGUCCUUUGUGCUGGGUAAGUCAACUUUAUACCAAUGUCCUUUGUGCUGGGUAAGUCAACUUUAUACCAAUGUCCUUUGUGCUGGGUAAGUCAACUUUAUACCAAUGUCCUUUGUGCUGGGUUUCUAUGUAACCCUGGCGUUCAACCGUUGGUGGGGUCAGUACUCCAGCUUCCCCCUGCCUGAUAACCUGAUGAUGGUGGUGUCAGGGAACGUCCACGGGCUCGACGAGAGGGGCCGGCUGCUCCGACGCACCCUCAUGAGAUAUGCUAACCUCUCCUCUGUCCUCAUCCUGCGAUCCAUCAGCACUAGAGUACGCAGAAGGUUCCCAACCCUGGAGCAGGUGGUGGAUGCAGGAUUUAUGACACCACUGGAGCAUCGCCAGCUGGAUGGUCUGUACUCUGACUUCAACAAGUACUGGAUGCCUCUGACGUGGUUCACUAACCUGGCAUCACGGGCCAGACAGGAGGGCCGGAUCAGAGACGAUGUCGCUCUACGACUUCUCAUGGAUGAGCUGAAUAACUACAGAGGAAAGUGCAGCCUGCUGUUUCAUUAUGACUGGAUCAGUAUUCCUCUGGUCUACACUCAGGUAGUGACCCUGGCUGUGUACUCGUUCUUCGGCUUCUGUCUGAUCAGUCGGCAGUUCCUGAACCCUGAGAAGGGGUUUAAAGGUCACCAGCUGGAUUUGUACGUCCCCGUCUUCACCCUGCUUCAGUUCUUCUUCUAUGCAGGCUGGCUCAAGGUGGGGGAACUGAUCAUCAAUCCUUUUGGAGAGGACGAUGACGACUUUGAAACCAACCAACUAAUUGACCGAAAUAUUCAGGUGUCCAUGCUGGCUGUGGAUGACAUGCACCAGAACCUGCCCCCAACAGAGAAGGACAAGUUCUGGGUGGAGAGAUACUUCUCUGUCCCCUACUCUACUGGUACUGAGACCCUAAGACCUACCUUCAUGGGCUCAACAUAUGACAUAAGCUUUGAAUCUGGUCAGGCCGUCUCCAUGCCCUUCGUCUAUAAGGAUGAGUGUGGUGAUGUGGACAGGAAGAUGAAGGAUGUGUCUUUAGUGAGAGACAGACAGCUGAAGAUGUCUCAUCUUCAGACAGAACGAGGGGAGGGGCAGUUCAAGGUGGCUGUGGAACUCAUCCAAGCCAAUGACAAUGAGCAGACCUCUUGUUGAAAGAUCUGUGCAACUCGUUUAUGGGUUUUGUUUAUUUUUGGGGGGAUAAUUCAUGCAUUUUCCAUGCACCUGUGUGUCAAUGAUUGUGUGAAAUGUCUUCUACAAUCAUGUUUAGAUUGUUUGUUUGUAAUCCUGGUUAUUAAAAAAUGAUUUUGAAAAACA